AGUGGCAGUUUGUGAAACGCGUGCCACCCCUGAACACGCUUCUACCUCAAAUAUAUAACCCUUUGACAACCAGAGACAGAUAUCUGCUUGCACAAGUUGCAUAGAGCAAGAACUAGUGCUGCAGACUAAAACGUCAAAAAAGGAUAGGGUUGCAGGAACUAUCAAAGGACUUUUCUUACACAGCUGAAAAAAAUAAAAUAAAUAAUAAAUACAUUAAAAAAAAAAAAAAAAAAAAAGCAUUUGAGAACUUUAAGACAUGGCAGUCCAGACCUGUUACAUGCAAUUUCCGUCGUGGGGAUUCGAAUUCCAGAAUGCUCGCCUGCCAGACACUUCGGAUUUUGAUCUUCAAGACUUCAGGGAUUUCAUUCCCGAUCAUCCUGCGUUAAUGCAGCCCUGCCUUGGAGGUAUUAACAUGCAGAUGUCCAGCUGCGAUGUGUCCGACUUUGAAGCCUGUAUCACUUCCCCUAUCCCGACUCCACAGGACCAUCUCCUCCACAGGAACAUGUCAUACACGUCCCCUACACAUGUUCACCAUGACAAUAUGCAACCACUGGCUGAACAAUACUGGAUGGACAUGGCAGACCACAACCAGAAAGCGCUGGGGGAUGCUUUGGUGGUCAACAAUCAGCUGCAUGUCACAUUAAACAGAAAACAAGAGGAGAUUGCUUCAUUGCAGGAAAGAAAUGUCAAGCUGAAGGAACUUGCGAACCAAGCCAAGCAUUUGGCUUCAGUACUUGAUAAACUUAUCACGCAAUCUAAAAAUGCCAACGAAACCACUGUCCAACACUUUCCACUCAAGACUGGUAUGAAAAGACAGCGGCUGGAAGACUUGUACCAGCCCGCCCCAGAUAGUAAAGCUGUGGAUGAUAUGCUAAGAGACAUUACAGAUACUUGUCAUGCAGCUUUACAGUGCAACGCUAAGCAUCCAAAAUUGCAGCAUGAAAUGGUAAACGCAACUCAAAGUAUGGAAACUAUAAAUAUGUACGGCGCCUUCAAUGGACUACAGACCUGUACCACGCGUAGCUCAGUCACCCUGGGCGGCAGCGACAUGGAUGACGGAAUGUCCUUUAGAACCUCGAUAAGAGACCACUGCACAAUCAAAACUCUGGCUUUUCCUCAGGGAAAUGCAUUCACCACAAAGAAACCCUGUGGAGGCUAUAAAUUCCGAUGGGUUCCAAACUAGAUUGGAAUUUCAGCUAACUACACUGACCAGAUUAUAUAGUGCAAUAUAUAUAUAUAUAUAUAUAUAUAUAUAUAUAUAUAUA